AUGGCGGUGCCCUUCACGCAUAUUCGUUUUCUGCUGCUCAUGCAGGUUGGUGCCAGCUUCUCUAAAUGUUCUAAAUGUCGUUUUGCUCUUCUGCCGGUUCCACCCCAUGUUGUAUUUGCUAACGUUAGAUCACGCGGCUUGACCUGCCGAUUUCGGAGAGGUUUCGUGUUGUUGCACAAUUACGCUUUCUAUUUCUUAUUGCUACUGCUGUGCGGUGACGUUGAAUUAAAUCCCGGCCCUCUUUCUGCCGCGCAAGAAAAUCAGCUAGUUGAAGCAAUGCAACUAAUUCCUAGUAUGCACGAAGGACAAAAGACUGUAAUAAACGAACUGAAAGCCAUCAAAGAUUUGCAAACCACAUUCGAAAGAAAACUGGAGGGCUUAUUUUCUCGUAUAGCCAUAAUUGAGAGCGAUGUGGCUGCAAUUAAACCACUGAGGGGAGAAUUUGAAGAACUUAAAGCGUCAAAUCGGGAACUCGAUACGCAGCUUAGAACAACAGCUUUACGUCAAGAAGAACUGGAAAAUCAAUCUCGGAGAAACAACCUGCUCAUCUACGGUUUGCCCGACGUGGCGGCUGAAACCUGGGAAGCUUCAGAGGCUAAGGCUUUAUCUUUUUUCGCCGAUAAGCUCGAUAUACACCUUGAAGCUACUAGCAUUGAACGAGCGCACAGGAUUGGCCGCUUUGCUGCUGAUAAAAACCGCCCUUUGAUUUCGAAGUUCCUGUCAUUUAAAGACAAGCAAAGGGUUCUUUCCAAGGCCUUCAAACUAAAACGAAGUGGUUUUUCUAUAAGCGACGAUUUUUCCCCUGCAGUACAGUUUGCAAGACGCAGACUUCUAGACUACGCCAGUGAGCAGAACGCGCAAUUUAAAUUGCGAUACAACAAGUUAACUAUAGGCAACAAAACGUAUAUGUACGAUCCAGAUAAUGACACUGUGUUCGAAAGUGCCCGGUAACCACCAAAGUAUACAAGCGGAAAUGGAGAACUUAGCUUUCAAAAACUAGUCUUCAUAACUGUCAACUGCAGAAGUGUUAAAAACAAAAAAGACGAACUUGCCUUUCUUCUGAAUUCAACACAGGCUGAUGUGGUUAUUGGUACGGAGUCGUGGCUUGAUGGUUCUAUAGACAGUUCUGAAAUAUUUCCAGCUAACUAUGAGGUCUACCGCAAAGAUAGAAAUCUAAGGGGCGGGGGUGUGUUCUUACUUGUGUCUACAGACCUACCAAGC